GGUCAAGUACUAUUCUGUCUCUGAGGUCCUUUUUACUCAACAUAUAUGCCAUCCAAUAGAACUUGGGAUUGACCUGUUUGUUUUGUUCCCUGGGAACAAGGAGGAAGACUGAUCGCGCAACAUUGUGUAAAAAUGUGCGAAAGAAAGAUAGCAGAGUGCGAGGAGGAACUAUGUUUAACAAAAGAAGAGAAGGAGCAACAACAUUAACUAUUGGACGCUGUUUUCAAGAAACAUCAAGUUGUGUUAAACAGAACAGAACGAUAGCAGAGUACAAGGAGGAACUUUGUCCAACAAAAGAGGAGAAGGAGCGACAACAUCAACUACUGGACGCUGUUUUCAAGAAACAUCAAGUUGUGUUACACAGAACAGACGUCUGUGAAGAACAUCUUCUCCCUGAGCAACAGGAGUUGAGUUACAGGAUGGUGAUGGAGGAGCCACAGCCCGCCCACAUUAAGAAGGAAAACAAGGCGCCACAGACUCUGCACAUUAAAAAAGAAGAGGCGUACCCGCUGGCCCCCCAUUUUAAAGCGGUGGAGGAGGCUUCACAGCCCCCUCACAUUAAAGAGGAAGGGGAGGAACACAGCAUCAGUCAGGAGGGAGAGCAUCUUGAAUGGUUGGAGGAGUUCCCAGUGAUUGGUGUGAUUGUGAAGAGUGAAGAUGAUGAGAUCAAAGGUCAAAGUGAGGAGAAGAGAGAGGCGGAGCCUCCAAGCAGCAGCUCAACUCAACACAUGACAACAGAAGCUGAUGGAGACCACUGUGGAGGAUCACAAGCAGACAAGAUCUUAGCCCCACUAUCAGAUAGUGACGACACAACGUCUCGCUCUCCUGACACUGAUGAUGAAGACUCUGAAGAUGAUAAGACAUGUCACACUGACAACACACGCUUUACAUGUUCUCUCUGUGACAAAACUUUUAAACGCUGUAGUUGUCUUAAAAGACACAUGAGAACACACACUGGAGAAAAACAUUUUACUUGUUCAAUCUGUGGUAAAGGUUUUAUUCAAAGGGAAGAUUUGAAAAGACACAUGAGAAUACACACUGGAGAAAAACCUUUUUCCUGUUCAAUAUGUGGCAAAGGUUUUGCACAAAGUGAAGAUUUGAAAAGACACAUGAGAACACACACUGGAGAAAAACCUUUUUCUUGUUCAAUAUGUGGUAAAGGUUUUACACAAAGUGCUGGUUUGAAAAGACACAUGAGAAUACACACUGCAGACAAACCAUUCAUGUGCUCAGUUUGUAGUAAAAGAUUCACCCAGAAGGGACAUUUGAGAAUGCACACAAAAUUACACACUGAUGAAAAACCUUUAAAAGGGGGUAAAUGUUUUCCACAACGUCACAAACUGAAACUACACAUGAGAAAUCAUACUGAAGAAAAACCUUUUUCAUGUUCAGGUUGUGGUAAAGGUUUUACGCAAAGUCACGAAAUGAAACUACACAUGAGAACACACACUGGAGAAAAACCUUUUAUAUGUUCAGUAUGUGGUAAACGUUUUACACGUAGUACCCCUUUGAAAACACACAUGAAAAGACACACUGGAGAAAAACCUUUUUCAUGUUCAAGUUGUAGUAAAUGCUUUAUACAAAGUCACGAAUUAAAAAUACACUUGAGAACCCACACUGGAGAAAAACCUUUUAUCUGUUCAGUAUGCGGUAAACAUUUUACACGUAGUACCUAUUUGAAAACACACAUGAGAAUACACACAGGAGAGAAAGUGUUGAGUUGCAGUGUGUGUGAUGAAAGAUUCUCUUAUAAGUACCAGUGUAAGAAACACAAGUGUGCUGGUGAGAACAACAGCAACAAACACUGACUUUCUAACAUCUUCAGCACAUAUAACACGUGUGACAUUGUUGUGUGUGCAACGCAAUCUUUUUAAUAUGCUAACAUUUAGAGAUAAGAAAUUUAAGAUUAUUGAUCUUUGUCAUGUCUGUGUGAUCAUGUUUUGUUUUGGUUAUGUUUGGUUUGGUUUUUGGACUCUUUGUGCACUCUUGUUUGUUUUGUUUCCAUGACAACCCAUUAGUUUUCACCUGUCCUCAUGUGACACACCUGAUUCAUUUGGACUCACACACCUGUCAUUAAUCAUGUUCAAGACUAUUUAAGCCGAUAGUUGCCAGGAAGUCAGCCUGGUGACAUUAACUCUGUUUGACUUCUGCUACCCAUGUUACCCAUGCUACCAUAGUUCCAUGCCAAGUGAGUUUUGUCUAUAUUCUUGUCACAGUAAGUGUUUAUUUGUUUCAUGUUCAUAGUUUUUUGCCCAAGUGCUAGGUUUUGUUUCAUUAGUCAAGUUUGUUCUCCGCCUUUGUGCGUGCCUCUUGUUUGUACUUUGUAGUUUAUAGUAAUAAUUAAAUCAUGUCUUUACCUGCACGCCACGUCCGCUCCAAUUCUUGCAUCUUGGAGAAACAAAACCCUCACAGUCCACGUUAUGACAAUCUUUUACAGUCAAGUAUGUGAAUUGAUAUACAACAUUGUGUACUUCUAGUUAAACAUGAAGGGAACAUUUUGGUGAGAGUUAACAGUACAAAAUAUAUGUUGCAUAUGAUAAACAUUUUGUGUAUAGACAUUCAUAAUUCACUUUUAUACACUUUCAUAAUGGUGUUUUAUAUAUAUUGUUUUUAAAUAAAUGUGACACAUUUACAUUUCUAAUUGUAAAUGAUUCUAUAGAUUAACUUCUUUAUAUGAUACACAUUUGUUUUACUUUUGUUCAUUCCUUUGCUUUUGGGUACACAUUAAUCCCUCUUAGUUCAUAUUUACUGGUUCACAUCUGAAACAUCUUCUGGACCACUUCUGGAAGCAUAUUAUUAUUUACUUUAUACAUCAUUUGAGCAGUUGUGUUUUAUACAAGAUCAUUUACUUUUUAAAAUGUAUGACUUUGUAAUUGAUUUGUUGGGUCUUGAUAAUUCAUCCUAUUAUCUUUAUUACUCUCUUAUGUAAUAUGAAUAUUGUUUUGUGAUUGUUUUGUAUCUAUGUCCCCAAACCUUUAUGCAAUAAACAAUGUAUGCUUCA